UUUGAAGUCAGUAUUUUCAAAAUUUUCAGUAUUAAAAAUAUAGCUAAAAAAAACUAAAAAAAUUUAUUUCAAAAUAGCACAUAACUAUAAAAAUAAAACAUCUACCGCAAUUUGCGAAAUACCGAACGCAAAAGUAGAGCUCUAAUGUGAAAUCCCGCUAUUUGAAAGGAUUUUCACUUUCACACGUAUACGAGAAAACGGCAAAAAAAAACAAAAACAAAUAAGUUGUAAUAAAAAUAAAAAGUAAAGAGUGAGGAAAAUCGGUCUGUGCACAGUCAUACAACGCGCACAACUUAAGCCGGCCACUUUAGUCGCGCGAAACGAGUUCGGACACAAGUUCAAGCUUUACCGCACAUGCACUAUAAGCCGCCAAACAAAUAAAACGAGGCAACAAACUUCACUACGUCUUAACUAAAUUGUGCCAAUUUGCUCUGGGCCUGUGGCACACGUCCCAACGAAUUAGUUCAAGGCUGUUGUGAUUGGCGACCAACAGAGUGGCACAGAAGUUACUGUGCGACCAGUACUACCACCACCCAAACAACACAAAGUUUCAUUCGCUAAGCAAACGAAAAUCAAUCGUGCAGUGCAAUGCAGGUGAUGGAAAUAUCAUCGAAAGACAUGGAAGUCUGUUCGAAUUCCAUAUCUGAUCUAAAAGUGGAUGCAUCUUUUCGAAAAAUUGCAAAAAAUGCAAUUUGCUUUCAUAUUUGGAAAAUCGAAGAGGAUCGUUUGGAGGCCGAGCCAAAAGCGCAAUAUGGCAAUUUUGUUGACGACUGUGCAUAUAUUGUUUACGCAGCAGGGCCAAAGGGCAUCUACGUCAAUCAGGAUACCAUAACACGUGAAACCAAACCUGGCACGUAUCUAGAACGUUUUAUACACUUUUGGCUGGGCGAGAAGGUUUCUGAGCAGAAACGUUCGAAUGUUGCGCAUAAAAUCCAAGAGCUGGACUCAUACUUUAAUAAUGUAGCUGCUGAAUAUCGCGAGACGCAGGGAAACGAGAGUGCACGUUUCUUGUCCUACUUCAAAAAAGGUUUCACCAUUCUUUCAAGCAACUUGGUUGGUUCAAAAAGUUCGAAUCGCCUCUACCAACUACAUGGCCGCAAAUGGCUACGUUGCAUCGAAAUGGAUAGCAUUUCCUGGGAUUACUUCGGUUCGGACUAUAUCAUGCUGCUAAAAACUGAGACGAAUACUUAUAUUUGGAUUGGCCGCUCAAGCAGCACGGCGGAACGACGCAGCGCACUCGAUUGGGUUACGAAGCUAGGAGUUAAUGCGAGCGAUGUAACCAUUGUGGACGAUGGCUACGAACAGUCGAUGCCCGAAAAGUUAAAGAAUCAGUGGAACUCAUUUCUACCGCUUAGUCAACGAGUCGUCAGUCAAAUAUCCGCAAUCCCGGAGAAACAGCAUAGUAACAAACUGAAGAUCUAUAAAUGCGGCUAUCGUGGCACACGAUUGCAUUUAGAUCAGCUUGAUGUGGUCAUACCGACAAAAGAAGAUUUGAGUGAUACAACCACGGCUUAUGUGUUAGAUGGUUGCUCACAAGGCGUUUGGCUGUGGGUUGGAAAUAUGGCGCCACAUCAGGACAAGAUCAGCGCUAUGGGCAAUGGACGAGCUUUUGUUAAAAAGAAAAAGUAUCCGUACUCAACGCCCGUUAUACGAGUGGUGCAAGGUCAUGAGACUAUAGAAUUCAUACGUCUCUUCCCAAACUGGCACUCAGAUGCGACUGAGUCCACAAGCCCCACAAAACCGGUAUCGACAAUAUUUAAACGUUUCGAUGCACUCACGCUCAGUCAACGUCCGAAGAUGGCCGCAGACACGCAACUCAUUGACGACGGAACAGGUGAACGUAAGAUCUAUCAUGUGACCAAAGAUCAAGUUAUUGAAAAACCACAAACCAAAACGGUUAUAUUUAUAACUAAUCACUGUUAUGUGGUCGAAUAUACCGUUAUGCUACCAACUACAAGCCUCGCCGAUGCACAAAAUGUGGGCAUCAGUACGAUCAUCUAUCAAUGGAACGGUUCCGAGGCCAAUAGUGACGAUAUAGCAAAUUGUGAGCGCUUCGCCUUGAACACUUUCGAGAAACUCCAUCAAAAAGCUAUGUUUGUGCAAAUGAGCGAAUGCGAUGAGACGCCACAUUUCCUACAGAUCUUCGAUGGCAAAUUAAUUAUUCUGCAAAGUGAAAAGACCAUGUCGCAUCAUAACAAUAACUUGAACAAUGUUAGCAACGAAUUGGCGCUAAUGAAUAGAGAUUACUUUGUUUUGCGCAUCUAUGGCGAUACCAGUUAUAAUUCCAAAGCUGUUGAGGUAUACCCCUUGACCUCAAUGAGCGCCAAAGAGUGCUACGUGGUGAAAACAAGCCAUGUUUGGGUGUGGUGCGGUCAGAGUUCGACGGGUGAUGCACGUGAAAUGGCAAAAAAUGUUGGCAGUCUGCUUGGUGAAUGUUCGCUGGUGGUUGAGGGUAAGGAGCCGAAAGAAUUUUGGCGUUCAGUCACCCUAUAUAUGUCACAACCUAUUAUCAAUAGCGGCAGCGCUUCUAGUGGCAGUAAUAAUAAUUGUGCGUCGCCACAAAAUGGUUCUUAUGUUAACAAUAAUAGUAGUGCUACAAAAAUGCGUCUACAACCGCAACUCUUUUUGACCUGGUUACAACGUGGCAAAUUCCAUGCGCAGGAAGUUAUUGGCUACGAGCAAAGUGAUCUCGCGCCAGAAUCCAUUUAUGUACUCGACACUGGCUUACUUUCAUAUCUUUGGAUAGGCAGGCAAGCAUCUACCUAUGAAAAGGAUAAAUAUAUUAAGAUGGCACAAUAUUAUCUAGAGUCGGUGCCUAUUGCACGUCGACCCACUACAGCGGUGGCCGUAAUUAGACAGGACGAUGAGCCGAAUACGUUCAAAGGUCUAUUCGAAAAUUGGGAUCACAACCAGUGGAAUAACUAUGUGAGCUACGAGCUGAAACGACAAGCUUUUAUGAAACAAGGAAAUAUGUCAAACGUUAAUGGCACAAUUACGAAUGGAGUAAAUGGUAAUGGCAUAAUACCAUCAGUGCUGAAAAAUCAUCAGAAAGACUUUGAUCUUCAUCAUAAGUACCCGAUAGUUAUAUUGCAGCAAGAAAUCGAUUUGUUGCCGCCAGAAGUGAAUCCCUUGAAGCGAGAGGUCCACUUGACACAUGAUGACUUCGUCUCGCUCUUCAGCAUGUCUUUCUGGGAAUUCGAUGAGUUACCCGUGUGGAAGAAGCAAGAGUUGAAAAAGAAAUAUAAAUUAUUUUAGGCACUAACCAGUAUCCAAGUAUCCAAGCAAAUAAUUACAUUUUUGGUACACAAAUUGGUAAAAAAUGUUGUAUUCAAUCGCAUUGAAUACAGAACCUUGAAAAUGUGAAAUUUAUGUAUUACGUUAUAUAUUUACUUUUAAUUGUCACUGUUUACAAAUUGAAUUUUUGUAGUACUGAAUUAUUACAUAACUACAUAUAUAAUUAUACAAAUGCAAUUAUUUGUUUUUAUAGAAUAAAUAUGUCGC